AUGGCGUCAAACCACAGAGUCGUGGUGACCAAUCUGUCGGGAUGUGUGGCAAUGUCUGCGGACAUGGAUCCCACAUCCACCAUGCUGAUGGUGAAGCAGCGAAUCCAUGCGAGGACGGGCAUACGCCCAUUUCAGCAAGAGUUAGUUCUGGGAAGAGGCAGUGUGGAUGACGAUGAGGCACUGUCCAUGGCUCCGAAUCCUUGUGAGCUGAUGUUGCUGGUGCUGCCAGCGGAUGCUUCAUGGUCUCCAAGACUGAUAUCAGCUGCAUCUGAUGGUAACUUGGAUGAAGUGAAAAGAUCCUUAAGGAGUGGAGCUGACUUGGACUUUCGUGACGAGGAAACGGGUCUGACCGCGCUGAUGGUGGCCUCUUGCCGCGGCCAUGCUUCGGUGGUGCGCUGUCUGUACGACGCCCGGGGAGAUCUGGAAGCCUUAGGGCCAGACGGCUCAGCGCCACUUUUGUUUGCUUCCUAUGGUGGUCAACUGGAAGCGGUGCAGCUUCUAUGUGAAUUGCAGGCCGACCUGGAGACAAGAAACUCCAACGGUGCAACCCCAGUCAUGCACGCUGCCCAGGAAGGCCACAUUGACGUCCUUCGCCAAUUGUGUAGCCACAAAGCAAGCGUAAAUAGCCAAAGGGUCGAUGGCGCCACAGCUCUCAGCAUUGCGGCCGCGCAAGGCCAUGCGGACAUUGUCGAAUGCUUAUGUGCUUCACAUGCUGAUAUCAACGCUGCGGCAGGGCAGGGCGUCACACCUCUGUUACUGGCGUGUCGAGAUGGUCAUACGACCACCGCACAGGUGUUGAUAGAAGCAGGAGCUGAUUUGGACUUGGCCAUGCAGAAUGGAGUGACGCCACUUGCCAUUGCUGCUCAUCAAGGCCAUGCUGAUAUUGUGCAGCAUCUCUGCGUGCAUCGCGUGGACUGUCACGCAGCACAAUCAAAGGGCAAAACACCUCUCUUGCUAGCCGCAGAGGCUGGCCAUGCAGAGGUCGCACAGCGCUUGUGCGAGGCCAACUGUGACCCUGACUUUGCAGGGGACGGAGUGCACGAGACUCCCUUGGAUGUCGCUGAGCGAUGCGGGCACUUACAAGUUGCCUUCGCCUUGCUCGCAGCCGGUGCCAACCGCCGCAGUUGCCGCAGCACCUGCCAAACCUUGGACACUCAACUGCUGCUGGCUGCAAGCACUGGUGACUUUGACACGCUAGACGCGCUAUGCCAACACUCUGCAAACGUUGAUGCCUACGAUAAAGAUGGAAUGACUGCUCUGUGCUUUGCAUCUCAAUCUGGCCACCUGAGCAUAGCGAGCUGCCUGCUCAGAGCUGCUGCAGACAUUGACCAGCCAAGGCACGAUGGUGCCACGCCUCUAUGCAUUGCUGCCCAUCAGAAUCAGCUCGACAUGGUAGAUCUUCUCCUUGCCGAAGGUGCACAUAGGGAUGCGGUCAUGAGCGGCGGGGUCACGCCCUUGCUACUGGCCUGCCGUGAGGGUCACGUGGGCGUUGCAGAAAGCCUAUGCAACAGUAACGCUGAGCCGAACCGAGCGAUGCACAACGGCCUGUCACCUCUUUGUGUUGCGGCGAGUCGGGGACACAUAGACCUCGUCCGUCUGCUUUGCCUGGCUGGGGCUGAUUUGAGUCAAACUGCACAGAAUGGUUUUGGGCCAGCAGACUUUGCUGAGCAGUGCGGGCACCUGGAAAUUAUGAGAUGCCUGCAAGAGAAGUGCAGCGAGAUUACAAAGAGCGUUUCUCGUUCGUGUUUAUGGGAACCUGCCUGUAAUGCAGUGGAAAUAUUUACUUAG